AUGGUAGCUAGCAUCAAGGCGCUAGAUGAAUCGGUUGUGAACAAGAUAGCAGCAGGAGAAAUCAUUAUUUCGCCGGUGAAUGCUCUGAAGGAGAUGAUGGAGAACAGUAUAGACGCUGGGGCUAAAAGCCUGGACAUACUGGUGCGGGAUGGGGGUAUAAAACUGUUGCAAGUGACUGAUAAUGGCUGUGGUAUCAACAGGGAGGACUUGCCAGUGCUGUGUGAACGAUUUACUACUUCAAAACUGACAAAGUUCGAGGACUUGGAGAGUAUUGCGACCUACGGGUUUAGAGGUGAAGCUCUGGCAAGUAUAUCCCAUAUUGCAAGAGUUACUGUCACUACAAAGACACAGGACGACAAGUGUGCUUGGAGGGUGUCGUAUGCGGAAGGCAAAAUGAUAGGCGAGCCAAGGCCUAUGGCGGGUCGAGACGGAACUGUGAUCCUCGUGGAAGAUCUUUUCUACAAUAUGCCUUCGAGAUUACAAGCGCUUAGGUCGCCAGGCGAAGAAUAUACUAAGAUAUUGGAUGUUGUAGGACGGUAUGCGAUACACCGUCAGGACGUCGCAUUUUCUUGCAAGAAGUUUGGAGAUUCACAGUUCAGCUUGACUAUAAGGUCCGAUUUAUCUGCCGAAGGGAGGAUAAGGACCGUUUUUGGGAACGCUGUGGCGAAGAGCUUACUGGCGUUCGAUAUGGCUUCCGUGGAAGAGUUAGACAUUGCGAAGGUAUCGGGACAAGUGAGCAACCUUGAGUUUAACUUCAAGAAAUCGAUAACGCCUGUAUUAUUCAUCAAUGACAGGCUUGUCACUUGCAAUCCCUUGGCAAGAGCCCUCCGACAAGUCUACGCGAACUUUCUACCAAAAGGCAAUAAACCAUUCAUAUACUUGAGUUUGCUGAUUAACCCCAAGGUACUGGAUGUCAACGUGCACCCAACCAAGAGGGAGGUGAGAUUUCUGCACCAGGAUGAGAUCAUCGAGAAGAUUGCCUUGCAGUUAAAUGAGGUUUUAUCCAAGGUAGAUACUUCAAGAACUUUUAAAGCUUCAACUGUACUGACAAGCAAACCAGUUCAUAGCGCUUCCAUUAGCCGAGUUACAGCAACAUCCAGUAUAAACAAAUCGUAUCAAAACAAUAAUAAUGGACAAACCCAGAACGGCCAAACACCCGCUAAGAGAUACGAGAAUAAAUUGGUGAGAACAGAUGCGUCGCAAGCUAAAAUAACCACAUUCUUGAAAUCUAGCCAAUCUCAGGCUACUUCACCAGCUGUGGUUUUACAGACAAUUGACAGGCAAGAGAUUAAUGAAAACCAUUCAGAAGGUGCUGCCAAAGAAAAUUUACCGAUUCCAUCUUCACCGGCUGCGGCAGUAAUAGAAAAAUCUUCAAAGUAUCAAAUCCAUGCACAGGAGAGGAUAGAAGUAAACCUCUCGAGCAUCAAAAGACUGCGAGAAGCAGUCGAUGAAUCUAUCCACAGAGACUUGACCGAUGCAUUUGCCAACCUGACAUUUGUCGGCGUUGUAGAUGUUGAGAGAAGGCUAGCAACAAUUCAACACGAUUUAAAGCUCUUUCUGAUAGAUUAUGGAGCAGUUUGCUAUGAGUUGUUCUACCAGAUUUGCCUGAGCGACUUUUCAAACUAUGGAAAAAUCAUCCUCGAGUCUGCCAAUAACAAAGGUCUGAGACUUAUUGAAAUCCUAUCGAGCUUCGAGCAUCUAACUGAUGAUUUUAUUCUUGGAAUAGUACAGAGACUCUGGGAUAUGAGGGAGAUGCUUACUGAAUAUUUUGCAAUCGAAUUAACAGCCGAAGGCGAUACCGAUAAGCCAGCGCAAGAAAGCAUUCAAUUGAGAAGCAUACCUCUCCUAUUGAAAGAUUAUACACCUCCUUUAGCCAAAAUUCCCUUUUUCAUUUAUAGAUUGGGAACAAGGGUCAACUGGGAAGUCGAGGAGCCCUGUCUAGAAGGUAUCAUGAGACAAAUAGCACUGUUAUACAUUCCAGAGAUUAUCGAGCUCGUCGAUCUUUCUGGCAAGGACGUCGAUGAAGAGAGAAAAGCUGAAUUCGUUGCAAGAAACGAGGAGAUGUCAUAUUCCCUUGAAAAUGUAGUGUUCCCUUGCAUAAAAAGGAGAUUUUUGGCACCACGAAGUCUAUCGAAGGAUGUCAUUGAGAUAGCGAACCUGCCAGGAUUAUAUAAGGUCUUUGAAAGAUGCUAG